CGUCCAAUCGUCGUCAAUCAAGAUCCAAUUGUAUUACAACACAAUUCUAUUAUACCUAGAAAAAAAAAACAACAACUGGUGUUGCAUAUUAAAUUAUCAAAAUGAAAAGCGAUUCAAUUUUGGAGAGAAUUCAAUUAAAAUUAAAUGAAUCAGAUCCUUCGAAUAGAACACUCACAAAUAUAUUUAUCUUUCAUUUUAAGGAUGCUGAUGGUAAUUUUAUUAAAAGUGUUGUGUUAGAUUUAAAAAAUCUAAAAGUAUUUGAUGGUUCUAUAGAAAAUCCUGAUGUCGAAAUUAAUGUUUCAGAUGAUGAUUUUUAUUUGGUUGGAACUAAACAAAUUUCUUUUGAUAAUCUUAUUGAAACGGGAAAAGUUCAAGUCAACGGAAAUCAGACAGCAUUUCAAAAAAUGUUAGAGAAAUUUCGAUUAAAUGCUUAACAUAGUAGAUGAAGAAGAAUUCAAUAAAUAUAUUAUAUAAUCAAUUAAAUAUUAUAUAUUUAAAACAUUCUAUAUGUAGAUGAUAUUAUAAAAAAAUAUAUUGUGCAUGUGUAAGUAUAUUUUGUGUAUAUUAUUGUUGUUGUUUUUGUUUAUAUUUUUCAAUUAAAUUCUCAAAAAAAAAUAUUUAUAGUUCUUAUUUUGUUUUACUAGUGCUUUAUUUAGUUUAUUAUUUUAUUAAUGUAUAUACAUACAUAUACAUGUAUGUAUAUAAUAUGUUAUUUUUUCAAUUCUAUAUUUUUACAAAUAUUUGUUUUUUAAUUAUAAUUUUAACAAUAUUUUUUUAAGAAAGAAAUUUUUAUAAAUUGAAAAAAAAAAUAGUAAAUAAAAUUAUAAUAAAAAUUUUAA